AUGUCUUCCAGCAAGCAUCCAAAUUGCCAAAAACUCAUCCAACGUGUAUCCGAGUUUUUAUCCGAAGUCGAAAAUCUCACCCCCGGCCGCGAUCUAGAGCGGCGCCUCAACCGCGAGUACGGCCCCGGAAACGCCUUCUAUGAUGAUUUUGCCCGCUUGAUCCGCGAGGGCCUCGAGUACAACGAGGGCUGGGUCGCCACUGAUGAGGUGCAGGGCGCGUACUACCGGCGCACGCGAAUCAGCCCGCCCACUGAGGCUACGCGCUUUUGCAGCAUCACCACCGUCUACAUGGACCCCCGCGCGGGCCACCAAGAUAUUCUGCGCGGCCAGUACCACCUGCACCCAUAUGGCGAGAUUAACUGCGUUAUACCAAUGUCAGAUGGCGCGCAGCUCAAAGGCAUGAGCGGCUGGCAGGGUGCGGGCUGGACGUCCCCCGGCCCAGGCACGCAUCACUAUCCAGAGGCACGGACAGGGGCUGUCGUGGUGUUGUUCUUCUUACCGGCGGGGCGCAUCUCAUACAAUGCCACCCCAGGUGCACCGCAGCCAGUUUCGGUGUAA